AUCUGGAUUAAUUCUUAUAAUGGGUAUUAGAUCACUUACUCAAGCCAAGCAGAAGCUGCAAAGAACUCUCUCGCCAAGAAUCAACAAAGCCAUUUCUUGGAGAUCCACAGAUGUUCCAAAAGGCCAUUUUCCUGUUUAUGUUGGGAAAACAAAUAAGAGGUUUGUGAUACCCAUUUCGUAUUUAAGCCAUCCCAUGUUCCAAGAAUUGUUGCAUUGGGCUGAGGAAGAAUUUGGCUUCGAUCAUUUGAUGGGAGGACUAACCAUCCCUUGCAGUGAGGAUUACUUUGUUAGCCUCAUUUUCCUGUUGAAUUCUUCUUCUUCAUGAAAGUACAUUUUCUUUCUUCUUUCUGUUUUUGGUGGCCAUGGGGUUGCAGAGUAGGAGAGUACAGUUUUAUAGACAUAUUCUCAUGAAGAAAUAUGCCAUUGUAAAUGAAUUAUUUGACAAUUGAAUUGUUCUGCACAACUUAAAAAGAAAAUUCUAUUUGUAGCAA